AUGCAGAAAAAGAAACGAAGAAAAGGUCGUGUCUGGGUUAAACCAUGGAUUGGUCGUCGACCUACUUUGGGUGCUUCUACAAAACUUUUACCAGAACUCGCAGCAGAAGAUUCUGCAAGCUAUAAAAACCAUUUACAAAUGACGAAGCAAAAUUUUGAUAUUCUUCUCGAUUGUGUGACGCAACGUAUUAUAAAAAUGGAUACCCACAUGAGAGAUGCGUUAACACCACAAUUAAAAUUGGAAGUAACAUUAAGAUAUCUCGCAACAGGAGAUUCUUUCGCUUCAUUGCAAUAUUUGUAUCGUGUCCCAAAAUGCACAAUUUCAAAUUUUAUCCCUGAAGUUUGCCAAGCCAUUUAUGAUGCGUUAAAAGACUUUAUUAAGGUGCCAAGCUCUGAACAAGAAUGGAAGAAUAUUAUUCAAGGAUUUUCCACACGAUGGAAUUUUCCAAAUUGUGCUGGAGCUUUAGAUGGAAAGCAUAUUAUAUUACGAAGUCCUUUCUAUAGAUGCGUGAUGCGCUACACUUUCCAUUCAGACUCAGAAUUUUACAACUACAAGGGAACGUUCAGUAUUAUACUGCUUACAUUAGUUGAUGACCAAUACUGUUUUCAAUAUAUAGAUGUAGCUGCAAACGGAAGAGUAUCUGAUGGAGGGAUAUUUUCAAAAAGCAGUUUGAAUAAUAAAAAGUAUCCGAUACCCGAAUUCAGUACCCCUGCCCACCUUUGA